GUGAGAACCACUAGGGGGUCCAGUGAGUUAGGCAGUUUGAGUAAACUGUGUACCCUAGUACCUUUAUAACAAUAACACCUGAUGAGAAAGAGGAAAAUAACCAGAUGCUACAAUGCCCUGUAAUACUCACAAACUCUACAUUAAAAAAGGUAAUGAAAUGAUGGCAUUAUAUUACUGUCUGAUUGAACAUACCGAGUGUGGAAAAUAGCCGCCAAAGUGAUCCAGCUGAAGUACAAAUUAUUAUUAAGAAAAACGGGGGUCCAAGCACUUGAGUGUGUUGUUGUAUAUUUAAGCCUUUACACUGAGAAUAACCUUAGCGUAAUUUUUUCACUUUUAACUUCUAUGGCCUUCUCUUAACCAGUCUUCAUCACUUCAGAGAGCAAGCAGCCCUGAACCAGUGAACUCUAAGUGAGUGCGGGGACGGGACUGCUCACUAGUGCUUUGCAUACUAGGUGCAGAUUGGGAGCGCCACUAUCUGACAGCCUAUGGUCUGACUGCAGAGCUCCGCACAUCCCUGGGUAUUCACAGUUUGACACUCUGUUCUUUGGUUACUGUGAAUUAAAUUUAAACAUAUAUCUUUGGAAAGACCGUGUGAGGAUUUUAGCAUGACUGUAUCAGUCAUGGCACGUAUGAGAUUGAAAUCUUUCUUUCCCGGUAACUUGUUAAUGGGCAUGAUGUUUAUUCUUGUGGUCACGGCAACGAUCGAGAGAGACUUCUCCCCUGAGUGCCGGGAGUUUCUUUACAUGGGCACUCCGCCUGUGGGCAUUGAAAGCGGCACCCUGGUGAAGAUCUGCCAGCGAUACAACGGCAAGCCGCGCUACGUGACGCUGUACGACACCACCAACCGCGUGCCCCUCUACUCGGCGUACACCUUCAAGCGCUCCGACGGGAUGAAGAGUGUGGACGUUCCGUGGAUGUACGAACCCCAGCUGUCCACCACUUCAGAGACAGGCGAGAUGCAGUCAUUCCCGCGGCACUACGUGCACCAGAACUUCGAGGACGCGCAGGCUGUCCUGGACGACUACACCAACGCCAUUGACUAUGAGCGGGGCCUCCUCAACACGGACGAGCACCAGGCAGAACCGGACGACAAGGCGGCGGCCUACACGCUCACCAACGCGGUGCCGCAGGUGCGCGAGUUCAACGUCGGGUCCUGGAAAGCCCAUGAGCAUGUCAUCCGCAAGCGCCUCAACAACUACUGCCGCGGCACGGCCUACAUCAUCACGGGGAUCGUGCCGUCCGGCAACCACAUCCGCCGCUACAACAUGGACCGCGUAGGCAUCCCGUCGUACGUGUGGUCGGCGUACUGCUGCAUCAACUACGACCGCAACGCACCCUACGGCGAACGCUACAAGUUCCCUGCCCACGCCCACUACGGCCCUAACGAAAAGGAAAAUAACCAAGUUUUGGAACUUUCUAUCAAGAAGUUGGAGGAAUUUCUCAAGAAGUCCAUGGUUGUCGACAAGAGUUUCCGGUUAUUUGUGGACGACUGUGUUCCCCCAAGCCUUGCAUUGUCUUAGAUGUGACAUUUUAGAAAAUAGGAGAGAAUGGGUCUGUUUG